CUUCCACGCGGCCGCAGCCGUGACGUGGCACGCAAGCGCAGAGCCGACAGGGCUUCCUGACACCCGACGAGCAUCCCACCGAAAAAACUUUAGACAUUUGAAUUAAUCCCGUAGUUUUAGGUGAUUUGUGUCCUUUAUCAUGGGCCUGACCAUCUCAUCGCUCUUUAGCAGGCUGUUUGGAAAGAAACAGAUGAGAAUUCUCAUGGUGGGUCUGGAUGCUGCCGGCAAAACCACAAUACUAUACAAACUCAAACUAGGAGAAAUUGUGACCACCAUUCCAACCAUAGGUUUUAACGUAGAGACUGUUGAAUACAAGAACAUCUGCUUCACCGUGUGGGAUGUCGGCGGUCAGGACAAGAUUCGUCCUCUCUGGAGACACUAUUUUCAGAACACACAGGGUCUGAUCUUUGUGGUGGACAGCAAUGACAGAGAGAGAGUGGCCGAAUCUGCAGAGGAGCUUUCUAAAAUGUUGCAGGAAGAUGAACUGAGGGACGCCGUGCUGCUGGUUUUCGCAAACAAACAGGAUCUGCCUAACGCCAUGGCUGUCAGUGAACUCACAGACAAACUUGGGCUGCAGAGUCUACGCAGUAGAACGUGGUAUGUCCAAGCGACCUGUGCUACACAGGGCACUGGACUCUAUGAAGGACUGGACUGGUUAUCCAAUGAGCUCUCCAAACACUAGUGAGGCUUUUGGGGUGAGAUGGUGCGUAUGAACCACUGGAAAGGCUAGAGACUCCUCUUAGAAUUUUUAAGUGUGUGACAGAGCUGGAAACUGAGGAGAAAACAUCAAGCACUCUGCGCCUGUCUUAGCUUUUUCUUUCUAUAAUAUACUUCUUUGCCCAAGGUUGUCUUUUUUUCUUAUUUCUUUUGUUUUAAAUCCAA